AUGCCCAGAGAAUCGAAAGAUUAUUCAAAUCAGAGGGAAAAUAAGGCAUCAGCUAGUAGGAAAACUGAAAAUGUAAAUAAUCAACCUUCGACAUCUCAAAAUUGCCAAGUUCAAGCAAAUUUCUCUUCAAAUAACGAGUACAUAUUAUUACGUACUGCUUUAGUACAUAUAGAGCAUAUGGGUGAAUUAUUCACUAUAAGAGCUCUAAUAGACCCUGGUUCCCAGCGAACAUUUUUAUCUGAGAGAGUUAGGAACUUACUUAAACUACCCUAUCAAAAGUCUCAAGUCGAAAUUGUUGGAAUAGGCGGUCAAGUCCAAUCUGCAAAUAAGGAAUGCAACAUUACUUUGUUUGCUAAACGUCCCAAUUUUAAGUUUACCGUUAAUGCUAUUAUUCUUCCAAAACUAACCAAACGAAUUCCUUCAAUUUCUUUCGAAUUGCCUAACUCUACACAACUUUCUAGUCUUGAUCUCGCAGAUCCCAAUUUUAAUCAUUCGUCUCAAAUAGAUCUUAUUCUGGGAAAUGACUCAGAACACUUUAUAAAUAUUGAUGGAAUCAGAAAGAACAUAUGUGGUCAAGCGUCAGCUUAUAAUACUAUCUUUGGAUGGGUUCUCAGUGGUCCUAUUCAAAAUAACACAGUACAUACAUUCAAUACAACUGUUAUUCCUUCAGAAAACUCGUCCCUGAAUGAUAUGUUAAGAAAAUUUUGGGAACAAGAGGAGUUAUCAUCGGAACCAUUAAUCUCAGACGAUGAUCAGUAUUGUGAAAACUUUUACAAACAGACAACUACAAGAGAUGAAAAUGGAAGAUAUAUUGUAAGGCUUCCAUUUAAAAAAGAAUUUCCAACCUCCAAAUUUCUCGGCUCAUCUCGAGUUUUAGCUCUUGUUCAAUACUCUCGUAUAAAUCAAACGCUAUCUAAAACCCCUGAACUCCAAAAAGAGUACAAUAAUGUUCUUGAUGAAUAUUUGUCACUUGACCAUAUGGAACCAACUACUUACUGGGAAAUCAUGUCAGAUAAUAAAUAUUUCUCUUUUUAUUUACCACACCACGCUGUAGUUCGCCCGGAACAUAAAACUACAAAAGUAAGAGUGGUUUUUAAUGCAUCUCGCAGAACCAAAUCGAAUUAUUCACUGAACGAUGUAUUGUACACUGGUCCCAUAUUACAGGCUGAUUUAAUGAGUGUAAUUCUCAAUUGGCGAAUCUACAAAUAUGUCUUUAGCGGUGAUAUACAGAAAAUGUAUCGCCAGAUAUUAGUUCAUCCUGAUGAUAGAAAGUUUCAACGCAUAAUAUAUCAAAAAGAUAACAAUAACCCAAUUAAAGAUUAUCAGCUUAAAACCGUAACUUUCGGAGUCAAUUGUGCCCCUUUUCUUGCAAUUCGUACCCUGCAUCAACUUGCUAAAGACUCUGAAGAAAACUACCCUAAAGCUGCUGAAAUAUUGCGUCAUGAGACAUAUGUAGAUGACAUAUUAUCCGGAGGACACACAUUGGAAGAGGCUACAGAAUCACAAUCCCAACUAUUACAAACUCUUAAAUCUGCUGGUUUUAUACUGAAGAAGAUAACAGCAAACGAUCAUUUAUUACUGACUCAUAUUCCGAGUGAAGAUUUAUACGAUUCUGAUUUACUUAGAUUUCAUGAAACUAGCUCCACUAAAACAUUAGGCAUUAAAUGGAAUGCUCUAACCGACUCUUUCAGCUACACAUUCUCACCCAUAACACACGCUCAAGGCAUCACUAAACGGAAAAUAUUGUCUGGCAUAGCGACCAUCUUUGACCCAGCAGGUUGGAUAACGCCCAUAGUAAUACGAGCUAAAAUGUUGAUGCAGCAGUUGUGGCUAGAAGGUCUACAGUGGGAUGAUAAUGUCAGCUCUGAGAUUUUAGACAAAUGGAACAAACUCAUAACAGAUCUUUCUCACAUUGAUAAAAUAAACAUACCCAGAUGGCUACAAUAUACUCCAAAAGAUAUCAUUCAAAUACACGGUUUUGCAGAUGCCUCAAAAGGAGCAUAUUGCGCUGCAGUUUAUUUAAGAUGUCAAUCGUCGUCUCAAGUCGUAUUUUCCAAUUUGAUUGUAGCUAAAAGUAAAGUGGCUCCUAUACAAACAAUAUGUCUACCUAGAUUGGAACUCUGUGGGGCUGUUUUGUUAGCUAAAUUGGUAAAAUAUGUUACAAACUCAAUGAAAUUCGGUCAAUGUGAUAUACAUUUGUGGACAGACUCAUUAAUUGUUAUAGGAUGGCUAUCUAAACCCCCAUGGUCUUGGGAAACUUAUGUCGCCAAUAGAACAUCCCAAAUUCAUAGCUCUCUACCCAAUGCAACUUGGCGUCACGUUCGUACACAUGAUAACCCAGCAGAUCUCGGUACUCGUGGCUGCAAACCCAUUGAUCUCUCAAACAAUCUCUUGUGGUGGCAAGGACCCCCUUGGUUAAUAAAACCACCAUCAGAAUGGCCAAAACAAACCCCAUUACACACUCCAGAAAUCGAUAAAAAAGUUCAAUGUCUACAAAUUUCUGUCCAAAACAAUGAUAUUUUAAAUGCAUUUUCUUCAUAUCACAAAGCUCUGAGAAUUUUAUCAUAUAUAUUUCGAUUUUUCCAUAAUAGUCUCAACAAAUUUAGGUCCCAAUUUUCUCACACUCAAAUUGAUCUCACCCAAAAGGAAGUUAAUUUUGUAAAAAUUAGAUUAAUAACAUUAGCUCAAAGAAAUCAUUAUCAGGCAGAAUUUAAAGAUAUCUCUAACUCUCUGCCAAUCUCUAAUAAAAGCUCAUUGAAAACUCUCAAUCCUAUUCUUGACACAAAAGGCAUUUUACGAGUAAAUGGCCGUCUCUCAAAUUCAUCGCUAACAUAUAACGAACGUUACCCAAUUAUAUUACCAGGAAAUUCGAGAUUUUGUCAACUCUACCUAGAACACUUACAUUCAUUUCUCGCUCACGGUGAAUGUAAUCAAAUAUGUCGAAUGGUGCAAACUGAAUACUAUAUUUCAAGAUUAAAGUCUCGUGUUAAGAAAAUCAUACGUCAUUGCAAAACAUGUAUUAUAUACAAACAAAAGCCAUGUACCCAAAUAAUGGCACCCUUACCACCAGAUCGAUGCAAUCUCUCUAUCCCAUUCCAAACAACCGGCAUAGACUUUGCUGGUCCAUUUGAACUCAAAAGCUCAACACUCCGAAAUGCUGCUUUAGUAAAAGGAUAUGUCAGCGUUUUUGUGUGCUUUAGCACAAAAGCCAUUCAUCUGGAGGUGUGUUCAGAUUUGUCAACAGCAGCUUUCCGUGCAGCAUUUUCGCGUUUUGUCGGUAGGCGGGGACUGCCCUUCAGGAUAUAUUCCGAUAAUGGUCGAAAUUUCGUCGGAGCUAGUCGUCAACUAAAACGUGAGUUCGAUGCUUUCAUAAAUACCGCCUCAACAGAUAUUGCCCAGAAAUAUGUAACUCACGGACUCGAAUGGAUAUUUAUCCCUCCCCAUGCUCCUCAUAUGGGUGGACUUUGGGAAGCAGCCGUAAAAAGUUUUAAGUUCCACUUAAAACGAGUGGCAGGAGCAUACAAAUUUAAUUUCGAGGAAUUCGCUACUAUUUUGACUCAAAUAGAAGGAAUACUGAAUUCUCGACCCAUUUCAGCCAUGUCAGAGGAUCCUACUGACUUAUCCGCCCUAACUCCUGGUCAUUUUUUAAGAGGUGCUCCCAUUACCAAGACAUCAUCUAAGAAGCCGUCAUCAAUACACACGUAA